GUCUGAACACUGAGCAAACUGAGUUGUCUGAAUGAAGUAAAAUGGAACAUUUACGUAGUAAAAACGUUGUGUUUGCUUUUGUAAUGGCAUCUUUGGUAGUACAGUCAUCAACACGACCACAGCCAGAUGAAAUAGAGGAAAUGAAAAAGACGCUGUAUAAUAUAUGUUAUACAAAAUAUCCAAUUACGGAAGAACAUAAGAACAAUGUGAAAAAGGCAAUAAUUUCAGAUGACCCAAGUUUUAAAUGCUUUUUAAAGUGUUGCUUCGACGAGAUGUCAUUGAUUGAUGAAGACGGUAUUAUCGAUGGGGAUUCAUUGAAAGAGAUGGCUCCGGACCAUAUUAAGCCAAUCCUCGAGCAAGUCAUCCCCAAUUGUAUAAAAACGGUUAAGCAAGAUUCUUGUGAAGCUGCAUUCGACUUUGUUAGCUGCGUAAUAAAAGUAAAUCCAUCAACUGCUGCACUACUUCCACUGUGAUACAAUUUUGAUUCAUUACAUUCAUAAAUGGAUAGAUAUCGUAAAAUCGUAAUUAUACAAAACACUGUUGAUACGUCGUACCUAGUACUACUUACUUGUCGACAAAAAGUUGAUACUAUGCAAUUAUGUAAAUCUGAAUAAAUGUAAUUUUGCACUCUUAAAAAAAUAAAAGGUUUUGGCAUUCAA